CCCACCCCUCGUCUGCGCCCCAGUGGUGUGGCCCACGCUACGUGCCGGCUGCGCCGGGGCCGCGGGGCCGCAGCGGCGCGGGACGGGCGCUGGAGGAGUUUGACGAGGCCGUCCGACUGAAGCUCCUGAUCUUGUCCUGAGAGAGGCUUUCCCUGUGGCUCACUGCUCAUCGUGCUGCAGCUCAGAGGCCCCAUCAGCGCUUGCUUGCAGAGCAAUUAGUGCAAGUGCCUCUCACCAUCAUGGGGGAUGCCGGCAUGGAACCGAAUAUCUCCCCUCCCGACAGCGCUGCGCAGCAGGACUCUCUCUUCAGCAUGACGGAUGUGAUUCUCAUCUCGCUCAUCACUGGGCUUUUUACCUACUGGUUCUUCUUCCGGAAGAAAAAGGAGGAAGUCCCAGACCUCCCCAAAAUGCCUCCAGUAGCAGCUCCGGUGAGAGACAGCAGCUUCAUUGAGAAGAUGAAGAAGACAGGGCGAAACAUCGUGGUUUUCUAUGGUUCUCAGACGGGCACAGCAGAGGAGUUCGCCAAUCGCCUCUCCAAAGAUGCUCAUCGCUAUGGCCUCCGGGGCAUGGCAGCUGAUCCAGAGGAGUAUGACUUGUCGGACCUGAGCCGCCUCUCUGAGAUCGACAAGUCCUUAGCGGUGUUCUGCAUGGCCACUUAUGGCGAGGGUGAUCCCACGGACAAUGCCCAAGACUUCUAUGACUGGCUGCAGGAGGCAGACGCUGACCUCUCGGGUCUCCGCUUCGCAGUCUUUGGGCUGGGGAACAAGACUUACGAGCACUUCAAUGCCAUGGGAAAGUAUGUGGACAAGAGACUGGAAGAGCUUGGUGCCCAACGUAUCUUUGAACUUGGGCUCGGAGAUGACGAUGGCAACCUGGAAGAAGACUUCAUCACCUGGAGAGAGCAGUUCUGGCCAGCAGUGUGUGAGCACUUUGGGGUGGAGGCUACAGGAGAAGAGUCCAGCAUCCGCCAGUACGAGCUGGUGGUGCACACAGAUGUGAACAUGAACAAAGUCUACACCGGGGAAAUGGGACGGCUCAAGAGCUAUGAGAACCAGAAGCCACCAUUUGAUGCCAAGAACCCCUUCCUGGCCCGGGUUACAGAGAACCGCAAGCUGAAUGAGGGCGGAGAGCGACACCUUAUGCACCUGGAGCUAGAUAUCUCCAAUUCCAAAAUCAGGUACGAGUCUGGGGACCAUGUGGCCGUGUACCCAGCCAACGACUCCUCUCUGGUCAAUCAGAUCGGCGAGAUCCUGGGCACAGACCUGGACAUGAUCAUGUCUCUAAACAAUCUGGACGAGGAAUCUAAUAAGAAACAUCCCUUCCCCUGCCCCACGUCCUACCGCACAGCCCUGACCUACUACCUGGAUAUCACCAACCCACCCCGCACUAAUGUCCUCUACGAGCUAGCCCAGUACGCCACAGACGCCGGCGAGCAGGAGCGCCUCCGCAAAAUGGCAUCGUCUGCUGCUGAGGGGAAGGCUCUCUACCUCAGCUGGGUGGUGGAGGCCCGGAGGAACAUCCUGGCCAUCCUGCAGGACAUGCCCUCGCUGCGCCCGCCCAUUGACCAUUUGUGUGAGCUCCUGCCGCGCCUGCAGGCCCGCUACUACUCCAUUGCCUCCUCCUCCAAGGUUCACCCCAACGCCAUCCAUAUCUGUGCCGUGACAGUGGAGUAUGAGACCAAGACAGGGCGCCUGAACAAAGGGGUGGCCACCAACUGGCUCAAGAACAAGGUGCCUAACGAGAAUGGGAGCAACUCCCUGGUGCCCAUGUACGUCAGGAAGUCACAGUUCCGCCUGCCCUUCAAACCCAGCACACCCGUUAUCAUGAUCGGCCCAGGCACUGGCAUAGCCCCCUUCGUCGGCUUCAUCCAGGAGCGUGCCUGGCUGAAGCAGCAAGGCAAAGAGGUGGGUGAGACGGUGCUUUACUACGGCUGUCGCCAUGAGCGUGAGGACUACCUGUACCGCGAGGAGCUGGCCCGCUUCCGGCAGGAGGGAGUCCUCACCCAGCUCAACGUUGCCUUCUCAAGGGACCAGGCCGAGAAGGUGUAUGUUCAGCACUUGCUGAAGAAGAAUAAGGAAAAUGUCUGGAAGCUGCUUAACGAGGGGAACGCUCAUAUCUAUGUGUGCGGCGAUGCUCGCAACAUGGCCCGGGAUGUGCAGAACACUUUCUACGACAUAGUGGCUGAGUUUGGGAACAUGAGCCAGACCCAGGCCGUGGACUAUGUAAAGAAACUGAUGACGAAGGGCCGGUACUCUCUGGACGUCUGGAGCUAAGAGCGGGGCUGGUGGGGCCGGGGAGAGAACGGGUCCCCAGGCAUGCGCCCCGGGAGGUGAAAGUGCCUGCUCGCCCACCGCUGCUGUGGGUGACAGCAUCAUCCCCAGCCCACGGCUACCCCAGUGUCACUCCCAACCCCUCCUGGGCACAGCAGCUGUCUGUAACCUGUGGAGCGGAAGGGAUUGAGAGGGGCAGGGGGGUAUUAGCCUAGGCUGUUGUCCAGGAGCUGCGGUGCCUCCGGCAUCCCAGGGAGCACCUCAUGGCACCAGCGUUUUCCGUGAGGUGAGGGACGCAGCUGAUGUGGGGCACAAGGGACGGAGGGGCCAGGGGAACUCUGGUGUCCUUCCCUGAACACGCGGCGUUGCCUUAUCCCUCGGGGGCUGGAGCUUACCCUGGCCUGCGGCAUGGGCAGCCUGGGGACGGCAGAGGAGCACAGUGAUCUGUCCUUGCUUCCUACCCCCGUUUGGCCAUCAUAGGUGGGGGGCUGCCCCACGCCACCAGCACCCCAUGGGCACCCCUGUUCCUUGUCCCUUGCUCCUGCGUGCAGUGGGGAAGGAAUGGCUCCUCUCCUUGGGAAGAGACCCGGUCUUGUGGGGCUGAGUCCGCAGGGGCCCUGCUCGCUCCUGGGGCCCUGCAGCCCAGCCCCUCCCUUGUGCUGUCAUUUUUUAAAUACUGUUUUUAUUUUAACAUCUUUGUGAUUUAAUCAUGGAAAAAAGCUUUCAGGCUGUCCAAUGGCUGUAAAUUAUUUAAAUACAUUUGCCCUUGGAAUAAAAACACUGUUUCUGUCGUGUGCUUCCUGCCCUCCCUCUGCGUGGGAAGAGGCACGAGGAGCAACUGCCACUGACUGUAGAAGCUGGAGCAGCCCCUGCACCGGGAGCUGAGCCC